AUGGAGGGACUUCUUCCAACACCUCCUCCUUCGCCCCUCACAGCACCGCAACAACUCACUUCCUGCGAUGAGGCGCGCGUUGCCGAGGAGAGGCUACUCGCUGCAAAGCGGGACGGUAACCUCAAGGCCGUCAUGGCCGAAUUCACUGCAGUCAAACGACAAGGCUAUGUUCUUUCAGAGCAGGCAUACAACAUUGUUCUUGAGGCGCACGCGUGUUUGCGUCGUGAAGGAUCGCCGCUGACACAAAUGCUUCAAGUGUACGAGGAUAUGGCCAAGGCCAACACAGUGCGCGCAACCGGCAACACAUUCUCACUCCUCAUCCGUGCGCUAUGCAAACGCGAUAUCGAAGUGCAAAAGACCGUCGCCAUGCUGCGUCGACAAUCCGAUCGUGCCGGCAAUGACAAGCAACACCACAACGACAUUGCUGCUUUGCAGUUGGAAGGCAAUGCCGACAAGGCGUUGGCCCUGUUCAACACUGCGCUCAAAGAAAACUGUGUGGAGGAGCUCCAGGUGGACGUAUUCAACCAGCUGCUGCGAGUGUUUUCACACCACGGUGACAAGGAGAGCGCACUGCGGGUCUACAACCACAUGACCGACAGUAUGCCCAAGACCAGCGUCACUUUUGCAGCCCUUGUGAAUUUGUUUGGCCGUGCUGGCGAUAUCGACGCUGCGCGGGACUACUUUGCCGAGUUCAAAGUGUCGAAUGCACCUUGCUGCCACGUGUACAGCGCCAUGGUCGAUGCUUACCUCAAGUGCGGCCUCAUUGACGAUGCGUUGCGCGUAGUGCGUCACGACAUGCCUGCCGACGACGUCAAGGUCACCACCAUUCCUUACAACGCCAUCAUUCGUCACUAUUGCGCUCGCGGCGAAAUGGAUCUUGCCAAGCAGCUGUUGGCUACCAUGACGGUGCAUCCAGACUCAAGCAGCUAUGGCCCCAUCCUGUCUGCCUAUUGCCAGAAGAAGGACGCAUUUGCCAAGGCCACGGAGAUCUACAAUGCCUUGAUCAAGACCGAUCUGAGCAAGGCGUACGGUAACCUGGCCAACUAUGCACUGUUGUGUUUGAAGAACGACCGAUCCGACAAGGCGCUGGAAGUCAUUGAGGAUAUGCGCAUGGCUGGUUUGGAACCCGACGCCGUCCUUUCGGAGCGUGUGGUGACGUACUUUGUGCACAAGAACCAAGUCCCCGAAGCCAUUGGUGCUCUCCAAACCGUCUUGGAAGCCAUGUCGUCGCGCUCGUUGCAAAAGGCUUCCUCCCGCUUGAUUCAUGCCGCUACUCAAACCGUCGACUGUGUCGUCAAGACUUGCCACGGUCGUUUCGCUCCUAUUUUUGCAGUGGUGCGCGCCAUUUCCGCCUCCUUGUCUUCCAUUCCCGUGUGCCUGGCUCGCCCGCUCACUGAAAGCUACCGCGCCAACCCCGCUGAGCGUGCCUGCGUAUCCAGCCCGCGCGAUUUCCACAUUCUGUACGAAGCUGCCCUUGCCUUGGCUCACGACGAGCUACCAUUUGCUGAAUUCGUUCUGGACUUGGUGAGUACGAUGCGGAUCUCGGAUAAUGGCUUGGUGCUCUCCCAGGAUAUUGUGCUGCGUGUUUUAUCGCGCUUGCAGUUGGCUGGCGAUUGGGAAGCUGCUGCAGAGUGGAAGGCCGCUUUCGAUCCUCAUUCAUUGUCGAUGGCCCUUUCUCCUCAAGACGAAGCCAAGGUAGCUUCUUCUUCUUCUUCAAAUGCUUCUGCCGCUGAUGCGUUGUCUAAGGAUGUGAUGCGUGCUGUGGUGCGUGGUGAAAUUGGCGAUGCAGUGUCGAUUUUGCGCGAGCAAGUUGUCUUGGCCGGUCAGGUCCCUUCGCCAGAACCGAUCCGUGACGCCAUUGCCCUGGCUGGCAAACAAGGCCAUUUGGAACAUGCCCAGCAAAUGUACACAUUGAGUGUCCAGGCCUUCCAGGAACAUCUCGAGUCGCAACGUGCGCAGCGCGCCGUGUACAUGGCUACCAACAGCAUUCUGAUCGGCUAUGCACAACAAGGCAACAUGGUGCAGGCUAAGCAGUACUAUGACCAGAUCAAGAAAAUGGGCCAGUAUCCCGACGGUAAUGCCUAUGCCAGUCUUUUGCUUGGCACUGCCCAAAGCGCAGCCACUACCGACGAGGCCACAGAUGCAUUGAUCAUCUACGACGAAGCCAAGCGCCACCAUGUCAAGCCCACUACGUUCUUUUACAACGUGGUCAUUUCCAAGCUCGCCAAGGCACGCAAGUUGGAGCCCGCCCUUCGUCUGUUCGAUGAAAUGCAGCGCUUGUUCAAGUUGACGCCCAAUGCUAUCACUUAUGGUGCCGUGAUUUCUGCUUGUGUCCGCGCUGGUUCUGAAGCCCAUGCCGUCCGCCUGUUUGACGAAAUGCUCAAGUUGCAGCGCCAGGAGCCCCGCAUCGGUCCAUUCAACAACAUGAUCCAGUUCUAUGUCCGUCAGCAGCCCAACCGCGAGCGCGCCCUCGCCUAUUUCGAAGAGAUGCGUCGUCGCCAGAUCUCUCCUUCGGCCCAUACCUACAAGUUGUUGAUGGAAGCUUACUGCAUGAUGGCACCCUAUGACAUGGAAACGGCCCACCGGCUGCUCAAGGAUAUGCAAGAAAAGGACAACAUGCGCCCACAGCCGACACACUAUGCCACUUUGAUCUAUGCCUAUGGUACUAUCCAGAACAACGUUGAGGCUGCCCAAAAGGUGUUUGAUCAAGUCGCCGCCAUGGUCGUCAAGAAACAAGCUCAUCAUCGCCGCGCUAAUAUCACAGGUGAUGAAGAAGUUGUCUACCAGGCCAUGUUGGAUACCUUGAUUCGCAACAACCAGCUCGACCGCGCCGAAACGGUCUAUGAGCAAAUGUGUCGUCAAAUCAGCAAGAGUAGCUCCCCUUACAUUGAGAACUUGCUGUUGCGUGGCUAUGGACAAAAGGGCAUGGUGAACAAGGCUGAGGCGCUAUUUGAACGCAUGUCUGACGACAAGGCCAGCCCCGCAGGCGUGGUGGUCCGUGAACCUAGUACCUAUGAAGCCAUGGUCCGUGCCUAUGUCGACAACAGCAUGGUUGGCAAGGCCAAGUCUAUCCUGGAUCGCAUGGUUCGUCGGCAGUUCCCUGAAAAAGUCGUUGCAUCGGUUGCCUCGUUGAUUUUCGAUUAA